AAAACGAGCAGAUCUAUUAUCAGCUGUUUACAUACACCACGCACAGGUGCGUUUGCUGGAACCGGUAUAUUGUAGUGAUUAUUAAAAUGCAGAGUGCACGUCCUUUUAUUAUGUACCUUCAGAUAUCCAGAUGUAUUAGUUCAUCCAGCAUAUGCUCGAAUUUCUAUAGAGAGGGUAAAUUCAUGAAAAAAAUAAUGUAUGGAAGUCGUAAAUCGAAGAGAAAAUGGUACGACACAAACACAGAAUUACGCAGUGUCGCGAGCGUCGAUUCGACCGUUAAACCUACGCCUUCUAAGCAUACGAUACGCAGAAUGAUGAUUCGAGAUAAACUUUUCAUGGAGCAUAUAACGGACAUGAUGUCGAUGGGACAAGUGUCUGACAUUUUAAAAGACGGCCUAGAGAUUACCCAUGUCAAGAUAACUCCGGACUUCAAACACGUCAAUGUGUACUACAUACCUAAUAACGACUCACUUGUCCUCCAGGAAGCGUUGCAUAAGUGCGCCGGAAUUAUUCGGCACGAGCUGUCGCAGCUGCGUGUCAUAGGUGUAGUGCCGCCUAUCCAGUUCGUUCAAAACAAGCAGCACUUUACAGAGAAGGAAGUCGAGAAGAGAUUGGCGAUGAUAAAUUUCGAGGAAGAGAGUGAAACCCUGGGCGAACAAGAGCAAUUGGAUAUUUCAAUUGCAAAUGCCGAUUCCAAGACGGGUGAAUUUUAUAUCAAAUUGCCAGUAAUGAGACACGACGUAUUUGGAUUAGAUCAUCACAGAAUCACAUCUCAGAUUGUCAGUGCAAUGUCCAAGUCGAAGAAAGCUUCGCAAAGACGAAUGUUGGAUGCGGAUACGAGUACAGAUGAAAACACUUGUGAUCCGAUCUCGAAAGAAGUCGAAUUUGUAACCCGGAAAGAGCAGCAAAAGGUCUUCUCUGAUUUUCUGGACAAAAGACGGAAGGAAGAAAAACUUAAACGUCGUGCGAAACAAUUGGAUAGACAAAAGUUGUUGAACACUUUUGAAGAGAUAGAUAACGAAGAAUUUGAUUACGAGAAUGACGAGGAUAUCAACGACGAGUACCUCGAUGAAGAUAUCGAUAAGGAGUCCAAUAAUGAAUUCAAGGAUGAGACGCGAAAAUGAUUUCAACACGAUUUGUUUACAGAGAACAAUUUUUUAUUCAACAUAAUACUAAUGGGAGCUUGACUUUCUGUACGUAUGUGUAGAUAUAAUAAAUAAUUUAUAUUUAUUAGUAAUAAAUUGUAUUGUACAAUAUACAACAAAAUCUUGCUAUCAACUGUUCGAUGAAAAUAUCGAAUACAUCCAAUGAAUUUAAGGAUGAGACACGAAAAUGAUCUCAAAACAAUUUGUUUCAGAAAACAAUUUUUAUUCAAUAUAAAUAUAAUACUAA